CAAAGCUAGUGUGUCCCGCUCAGGCAAGAGCUUUCUCCCAGAUCAGCCUCUCAGCUAAUUAUUACGGAGAUGUUUGACCACAUAAAGGCCUUUCAGAGAAAACUGCAGCUACUGUGUCGACAUCUGUCAGCAGGAAACCUGGCUCACUUCCCCAGUCUGAGAGAGGUAAACCUGGUACAACAGAAACUGUCUGAAUAUGCAACACUUGUCAGCAACCUAGACCUGGAGUUUGAAAUGCGCUUUCAGGACUUCAGGAAGAAUUCAGGUGACAUGGAGCUGUUUUCCCAACCCUUCAGCACAAGUGUGGACUGUGUCCCUGAUUGAGUUUUAGUGCGAUUCAGAGCUGAGGAAUAAAUUCAUGUCACUGAAACUGAAGGACUUCUACACACACGUCUCACCAGAACGGUACCCGAACAUUAGGAAGCAUGCACAGGUGAUGUUAUCUCUGUUUGGCAGCACCUACAUUUGUGAACAGACUUUCAGUGUAAUGAACCUUAACAAAACCAGGCUCAGAAGCACUCUGACUGAUCUACACCUGCAGGACCUUCUCACCCUCUCAGUUUACACAGCUUCAGCCUGACAUUGAGAGGCUGGUCAAAGCCAAAGACCAGCUUCAUGUGUCUCACUAAUAGUGUCAAACUGCUGCUGUUGGCUGUUAAUAUGGACAUAAUUUGUGGUUAAAUAAAGAUUCAUUUGCUUUGUAUUUGCUUCUUGUUCUUUGUACAAAGAGUGAAAUGUUAAAUACCUUUAUAAUAAACACAUAUCCCCGCCGCCGCCACCCACCCGGCCCUCGGCCCAGUAACGCAUUUUCAUUUUGGCCCUCUGAGGGGAAAAGUUUGGGCACCCCUGUAUUAGACA